ACCGUCAUUUUUCUCAUUUGUGUCAAAAUUGCUAAACAUGGCGGCGGACGGUGACGAAGUGAUUAGUGAUCAAGAAAAAGUUAGAAUCGUUUCAGAUUUUAUCCUCCAUUCGCCGCCCGGUGAAUUCAACGAAGUGUUUAACGAUGUGAGGGUGCUAUUGAAUAACGACAGCCUGCUGAAGGAGGGCGCGAGUGGGGCGUUCUCACAAUACAACAAGGACCAGCUCACGCCCGUGCGGCUGGAGGAGGCGGAGCUCCACACUCUAGUGACCGAUCACAACGAGCUAAGCGGGGGUCGGUUCUUCGACCCGCGAAAUAAGCGCUCGUUCAAGUAUGAUCACCUACGUAAGGAGGCGUCUGAGUAUGAGCCCUACGAGCCUGAUCGCGUCGCGGAGCCGUGGCGCGCGGCCUUGGACGAAGAGCUGACAACGUACGUGGCGGCACACUAUAAGCACGGCGCCAGCCUCGUGGUGGGGCGCGCGCUUGAGUCGGGUGCCGUGUCACUCGUCGCGUGCAUCGAGGACCAUCAGUUCCAGCCCAAAAACUACUGGAACGGGCGCUGGCGCUCGGUGUGGUCUCUGACCGUGGGCGGCGGCGCCGCCGAGCUGCGCGGCGUGCUGCGCGUGCAGGUGCACUACUAUGAGGACGGAAACGUCCAGUUAGUCAGCUCGAAAGAGGUUCGCGCGCCUAUAGUCGCCAAUAGUGAGACGGCGACCGCUAAGGAGUUCGUGAAACUGGUCGGCGAGGCCGAGAACGCGUACCAGACCGCGAUAUCUGACAACUACAAAACGAUGAGCGACACCACGUUUAAGGCGCUGCGGCGACAGCUGCCCGUGACACGCAGCAAGAUCGACUGGGCGCGGCUCGUGUCGUAUUCCAUUGGCAAAGAGCUGAAGAGCCAAUGAUGUCUCGCCGCUGCGCUCUGAGCCGCAGCGGGCGCUCCGCGUCUCUGUACAUAUUCGCGUAAGAGUAAAUCUUGUUCAAAUGUUUACGGGCUCCGGUUCCCCGGUGCGUAUUUAUCUAUGAUUAUAUAGAGAAAUCGCUAUCGUAACUGUUAAAUUUGAUUGCAUUUUGUUACUGAAAGCAAGGUAUCACUGACAGUUUAAGGUGACUGAUUGUGUUCUUACAGCGUCGUCAUUUUGUAAUUGUUGCAAGAAAUUUAAAAGGCUUAUGGUACUAGGAUGAUUUAAACCUUUGGUAUGCUUAGGAACAGAUCUGCUUCAUAUAUAUUCAACCAAAUUCAACUUAAACAUGAAAAUGUCAUGGUUGCUAAAUAAAUGGCAAAUUUUUGACAGGCGCAUACAAAAGGUUAAAUCUCAGUAUUUAUACUAAAGACCUGUAGAGAUCAUACUGACUAAUAUAUUAACUCUUCAAGUGGCAUAUGUUAUUUUUGAGUUGUUGGAAUUUAGAUUUUAUUUCAAUUAAUCGAAUUUGAAAUUUAAAUGACAUAAUCGGUUGGGAGUUGAUAGCCUGCCAAUCCAAGGGACAACAAGGCUAGACACUGUCACUCAGCACGUGCCAUUUCAUGACUUAAAGUUGAAUUUCAUUGAUUGUUAGUAAGGCUAUACACAAAAAUGCAAUUAGAAAUCACUUUUAUAACUCACUUUUAUUUGAAGUAAUAACUUACAGCCAGAAAUGUCACAUGUAGGUAUUACCUGCCUUGAAAUUGAGUGUGACUCAUGAGAUAGUAGGUCAAUGAUUAAUCUUGAAAUGUAUUUGAUUAUGUGUAUGAUUUACUUGUAAUGUUGCUUUACACACUUCAGCGGGCUAAGUCACUAUGCCUGUCACAUUCUAACAAGUAUGUGUGAAAGUGAAAGCCAUAGUGCCAGGUGAUAAAAAUACAACCAUGCUGACACCGCAGAUUAAUUUUGAAAAUAAAAAAAUAGGUAGAAAAGAUAUAAGGAUGCUUUUAGGUCAAACAUAAUUCCACUAACAGAGUUUUGUGCAUUUAACAUUAUAGAAAAAUUUUAAGACCAUAAUAUUCAUACUAUUUUCAGCAUGUCACAUGUAACUGUAAGUCACAAGUACAUGAAAUAUUAAUGAUACAAAAAUAAAAAUCAGAUCUUUACAGGGCUGAAGUGUCAAACUAUUUAGCCUUUGGUAAGGACAGAAACUUAUUGUUAUGUGAGCAAUAUGAACAAAAUCUUAAAUUAAUUUAUGCAAAUUGUCAAUUAUCCGUCAGUUUAGUUUUUAAUUAUAUCCAAUUGUAUAGAGCAUAGUUAAUCAUUUCAAAUUUUUAAGAUAUUGCUGCACAGCAGAAGUGAGGAAAGACAUCAAUGCCAAGAAAAUUACCGUCGGAAACCAAAUGUUUUGAUGGAAACCAUAAACUAUGUCAAAUGUGGGUGUUUACACAUUUAUCAAUGCUAAAUUGAGUUGAGCAGAUAAUGAUUCACACUUGGAACUCCAUUCUCCUGGCAAAGUUCUAACACAUGACACAUGGCAUGACAUAUCUAUUACAAAAUGAUGGCAUUUGAGAGGUUAAUGUUGCUCACAUACCAGGGCCUAUAGUGAGUAUUGAAAAUCAAAGUUUCAUCCAUAAGAAAUUGCAUAUACAAGGGAAAUGAAAAGAAGAAUAAAUAAUAAAAAUUCGACCCAUGCCACUUUUACCGGAGGGCAGAGCGGAAAAAGGCAUCUGCCACUAUUGCAGAGGAUGCUGGUACGAUUUCAGCAUCGGGCACUGAAUGCCUUAGUAACAUUUUCUUUUGUGUAAUGACAUUUAUUUCUUCUGUUUUCCUCUAUUGCUUGAAUAUGCAAAAAUGACAGAAUUGAUGAUAUUUUAAUGUCAAUGCUUGCUUUAGCCCCACAGCAAGGAGCUAUAGGUUUCAAUGGUGCAUUUAAUUAUAGUUAAUUUAACAAAUUGUCCAUGUAGGUUUAAAGCCACAUUGAGCAGAGCACAUAUUAAUCCAAUAUUUUUCCAUACAACAGGACAGUUGCUCAAGUGAUGGAAAAUUCAGUAAAAUAUUGUCCAUACUUUGCUUCAUGAGGGAGCGAACUUUUCUUUUUAUAAGUAAUUAUAUGCCGAUAAGGAUUAUUUUGUAAUUAUUAUAAUUAUUUUAAUAAAGAACGUACAUUUAAAAUUCAAGUAUUCUGUAAUGUAUGAUUAAAUUCAUUUGAAUAAAAAUAUAUAUUAAAAUGUUGCUAACUA